AUGGAGAUGUCUGAUGUUGAACCAGAAGGGAUACCUGUAGUCGGAAUAACGGUAAAGGACGAGUCAGCAGGAGGGGGAGACACAUCUAUCAGAAAUAACCAAGAGUCACCUGUCGUCAGAAUUACGGUAAAAGACGAGUCAGCAGGAGGGGGAGACACAUCUAUCAGAAAUAACCAAGAGUCACCUGUCGUCAGAAUUACGGUAAAAGACGAGUCAGCAGGAGGGGGAGACACAUCUAUCAGAAAUAACCAGGAGUCACCGAUCUCCUCCCCCAGAACAAACGGAUAUGUUCAUGUAGAGGGUCCACAGAUGGAUUCCCCAUCUAAGAGCCGACUACGCCAGGUGGUGGGGGCCUCCACUAUCUACCCCGCCUACAAAAGAGGGGAGAGUGUGACGGGGGAAAUGUUGACAGAUAUGUCUGUGUGGCAGGCUAUACGAGAUAAUAGUACUAAGGCUCUGGACUGGUUACUGACGACAAAACCGGAAGUGAAGGGAGAAAAGGAUUUUCACGGGAACACUCUUCUCCUGAUCGCUGCUAAGUACAACCUCAUCGAGUCUGCGCGUGUGUUGAUAUCCCAUGGAGUCGAUAUAAACGAAAAAAAUCGGGACAGUGGAAUCUCUCCCCUUCAUGAAGCAGCCAAGUAUAAUUCUUUGGAUGUUGGUCGUCUAUUAAUAGAAUCAGGUUGUGACGUCAUGAUCCGUGACAACGAGGAAAAGACUCCAUUACAUCAUUCCGCAAGAAGAGGUCGCAAUAAAAUGUUGGAGCUUCUUUUAAGUACUGGAAUGACAGAUAUAAAUGCCAUGGACGAAGACAAAAUGACUCCAUUACACGAGGCUAUCAUUCAGAAACACGAGACCACAGCUACCCUGCUGAUGAACAGCGGGGCUGACGUCACGGCGACAGUUAUAAAUGGUCUGACGCCCUACAUGUUUGCAUCUGCUGUAGAAUUAAUAGACAUUAUGAACCAAAUUUGGAAAAUAGUACUGAAAAAAAGUGGUAGAACCAGCGCUCAGUCAAUGGUAAACCAAAAAGAUCUCUGGGGCGGUACGGCUUUACAUAUUGCUGUGGACAACACGACUCUAAAGUCUGUACAAGAAAUCAUCACGCACCAUGGAGAACUCAAUCCGACAAAUGAGACCGGACAAACCCCUCUUCAUUUAGCCGCUAUCAAUGGUAGCCUGGAGAUAACAGAGACGUUGCUGACCCACGGGGCGGCGGUUGGGGCCCGGGAUAAAGAUUCUUUUACCCCAAUUCAUAGAGCCUGUUUGUAUAACCGUUACCAGGUAGUCUCUGCAAUAAUGAACAAGGGUGGAGACAUUAACCAAAAAACCAAAGAAUCCCUGACGCCACUGAUCCUUGCCUGCUGGAAAGGUCACCUUGAGACGGUAGAGUUCCUACUGACCAAUGGUGCUCAGAUAACAGUAGUAGACAAUCUGAUGAAGAAUGCGCUCCACUGGACAGUAGAAAAUGCCCAUUUACAGGUCCUGUUGUACCUUUUAAAGAAAUGCGACUGUGCUAUGAUAGAGGCCCUGGAUUUUGCAGAGCAGACAAUCACACACUACGCAGCCAAGCUUGGAAAUAUAGCGAUUUUACAAGCCUUGAUACAUAAUAAAUGUAAGCUGGACGUUCGUGACAUGGACGGUAAAACUCCCAUCCAUAUCGCAGCGGAAAACGAUAAUGAGGCUGCAGUGGAGGCGCUGUACACAGCCAGCUGCUCUGAACUGAACGAUGGCGACUCAGACGGACAGACACCUCUCAUGUUGGCUGUUAAAGAAGGACAAUACAGCACAGUUAAACUUCUGUUAACAUUAGGGGCUGAUAUUUCACACAGAGAUGAGAACCUAUGCACUGUAUUAGGUACUGCUGCCCGUGAAGGUCACGUGAAGAUAAUGAAAACUCUGUUGGACCAUUAUGCUGAUAUAAACGCUGCAGAUAAAGCCAAGAAUACUCCAUUACACAUAGCUUCUAGCAAAGGCCAUUUUGAAUGUGUUCAGCUUCUACUGGACAGAAAGUCAGACGUAUUAUCCCAGAAUAGUAACGGGAAAUCACCGCUCGAUUUAGCCUUAGAAAAUAGACACUCCGAAGUCGCUGUUGUAUUCAUGAAAUCAAAACGAUGGGUUGACAUCGUUGGUCUCCGAGAUUCUCGCGGUAAAACACCUGUAGACGCCAUGAUUCAGAAGUGUCCGGAAGCUUUUUCGAUUGUUAUGGAGAAUUGCAUACAAUCCACUGGAGAUUUCCCGGAUAGCAUAGACUUUACACAAAAACUCGACUUCCGGUUUAUUGACCCAGGACCGGAAGACAUCAUGUGUAAAAAGCGAAGAUAUUAUGCGUACGAGACCAUGGUGAAACAUGGCCGAGAGGAGUUACUGACACAUCCUUUAGUUCAACAGUGCCUAUUGUUAAAAUGGAAGAAGUUUGGUCGCCCGGUGUACUACCUGAACGUCCUCUUGUUCAUAGUCUACCUCACGCUGAUUAAUGUCUACUGUAUAACGAUGCCAAAGAUUACCACAAACCUCCUGGACAAUGUCCGGCGAUGUCCGAUUAUUCUAAACUCUUCCAUGUUACAGAACCAGACGGUGGUCAACCAUUAUAUUCAGAAUGGCCAGCUUUCCAACAUCUACAUAGAAGACGAAAACCUUACAAUCUUGUUGUCGAUGCUGUUCGCCAUUAUGAUCUUUUUUUAUAUUAGAGAGGGCAUCAGUAUGUACGCAAGGCGAUUGCAAUACUUCCUGAUACCGUUUAACUACGCGACGUGGAUAAUGUUGAUAGGGACUACGGCGUCCUUGAACCCUGUAAACUACAUCCCGUGUGAAAGUCAGUGGAGGGCAGCCUGGAUUGCUACACUGUCUGCCUGGGUCUGCUUAAUUUCCAUCCUCAGGGCACUUGACGUGGUCGGGAUAUAUUUCGUCAUGCUAGAACAAGUGUUCCAAUCUUUACUCAAGGUGUGCGUGGUCUUGGUCCUAUUUUUGUUGGCCUUCUCUCAGGCUUUUUUUAUCACCAUGGCACAAACGCCGGGUUUCAAGAAAGACCAGCCCUACCCCCUGACUGUUCUCUCCAUGACCCUAGGGGAGAUAAACUAUAUUGACAACUUUAUGAGCGGUACAGAUGCAACCUUCUAUGUGGACAACCUCAUUCUUUUUCUGCUCUUUGCUCUUAUUAUGCCAAUAUCACUGAUGAACUUGUUGAUUGGUAUAGCUGUGGGGGAUAUAGAAAGUGUUCAGAAGAAGGCUUACAUAACCAGACUCUCAAUACAGAUUGACUUCUUGUGCAAUACCGAAGUCACUUUUCCCAGAUAUUUUCAAAAGAAGUUUUAUAAAAGGAGCCACACAGUUAUACCAAAUAAAAAUAUGAACUCGAGAUUUAAUCAGUUUUAUAAAUUUCUCUUUGGGGAACCGCAUAACAGCCAUACUUUUAUACGUGAAGAGAAACCAGACUAUAUUAAAGAGAGUGUACAAAAACUGCAGGAGGAUGUCCGAAAAACAAAGCAACAACUGGCGCAAGCGACAUCGAUGCAGAAGCAGUCUCUGGAUUUACUAAAGCAGAUGUGUGACCAGCUUAAUGUCCAUUAUAAACUGGACAAUAUCUCACUAGUGGAAUCUCACAAGACAGACAUACACAGCAGACUCGACUUCCAUUAG